AUGUUAACAUAUCAUUUUGGGCUAUUUCAGGUAUCAAAUGAAGGCGAUGAGGCAAUACGAGCACCAACGAGAAAUGACACUGAAAUAAGGACUUUAGCUAAUGACGGGGAAGCAAUCGAAAAACGGUACAAAUGUGAAGUAUGUAGUAAGCAAUUCGGAAGAUCAGGCACUCUGAAACGUCAUAAGGUGAUACAUACCGAUGAAAAAAACUACAUGUGUAAGGUAUGCAAUAAAGCGUUCAGAAGGUCCGACGAUCUGAAAAGCCACCAAUUGACCCAUGUGAACGUACGACCAUUCAAAUGUCACGUGUACAAUAAAACUUUCGAAGAGUCCCGCGUAUCAAAUGAAGACGGUGAGGCAAUACAAGCAGCAAUAAGUAAUGAUAACGAAAUAAGGACUGUGUCUGACGACGAGAAAGCAAACGAAAAACGGUACAAAUGUGAAGUAUGCGGUAAGCAAUUCGGAAGUUCAGGCAUUCUGAAACGCCAUAAGGUGGUACAUAGCGAUGAAAAAAAUUACAUAUGUGAGGUAUGUAAUAAAGCGUUCAAAAGGUCCGACGAUCUGAAGAGCCACCAAUUAAUGCAUGGAAACGAACGACCAUUUAAAUGUAACGUAUGCAAUAAAACAUUCAUACGGUCCGGCGGACUGAGGAUGCACCAAGUGGCGCACGGAAACGAACGACCAUUCAAAUGUUACGUGUGCAAUAAAAUAUUCAAACGGUCCGGCGGACUGAAGGUGCACCAAGUGACGCACGGAAACGAACGACAAUUCAAAUGUUACAUGUGCAAUAAAACAUUCAAACGAUCUGGCGAACUGAAGACACAUCAAGUGAUGCAUGGAAACGAACGACAAUUCAAAUGUUACGUUUGCAAUAAAACAUUCGAACGGCCCAGUGGACUGAAGAUACACCAAGCGAUCCAUGGAAACGAAUUCAAAUGUUACCUGUGCAAUGAAACAUUCAAAAGGUCCGGGAAUUUGAAAAAACACAAUUUGAUGCACGGAAACGAACGGCCAUUUAGAUGUCACAUAUGCAGUAUAACAUUCAAAGAAUUCGGGUAUCUGAAGAAACACAUAUUGACGCAUGGAAACUUGCGUCCAUUCAAAUGUGAAGUAUGUGGUGGGAAAUUCACUCGGAAAGGUAGUUUGAAUAGACACAUGAAAUUGCAUAAAAGUUCGGAUGAAAAGCUAUGUUCUACAAGCCACUUUUGUGAUAAUGAUCUUUCCGAAACACAUCACGUAGAGAAUGAUGAUUUAGCUGAAGAUGAUGAUAAUAUGGAAGCGCAGUACAGUGGAACACUUACGCCAACAACAACUUUACGAAGAGCCAUAGAAUAA